UCCGGAAGUGGAAGGGUGGGCCAGAGAAGGCGCGGUAUCCUUAGCCGAUGGCGGGCCUGUCGGUAGGACCGGGCAGGGUCACGCAGCUUCGCGGCGGCCAACUUUGGUAUCUCUUGCCUGGUCGACUAAGGGUUCGGGGCCCGGCAGAGGGGACCGCGGGAAUCCUGCUGAGGCAGCUCUGCGCGCGGCGAGAGGAGACGUGGUGGGCGCUGGGGCCCGCUGGCAGCUGCCUGGGAAGCCGGCCCUUCAGUUCAGCGCCGCCGCCGACCCCGGGGUCGUCGGGGCCAGAGCCGAAGGGCCGCCGAGACCCCACGCGCGCGUCGCAGCCUGGGCCUGUUUCCUGGAAGUCUUUAGCGAUUACUUUUGCUAUUGGAGGAGCUUUAUUGGGUGGAAUGAAGUACUUCAAGAAAGAAAAGACAGAAAAGCUGGAGAAGGAACGGCAGCGAACCAUCGGAAAGCCUUUACUGGGCGGCCCAUUUUCCCUUACAACUCAUAUUGGAGAGCCCAAAACUGACAAAGACUACCUGGGUCAGUGGGUAUUGAUUUAUUUUGGUUUCACUCAUUGCCCUGAUAUCUGUCCAGAAGAACUAGAAAAAAUGAUUCAAGUCGUGGAUGAAAUAGAUAGUAUUCCAACUCUGCCAAAUUUAACUCCACUUUUCAUCACUAUUGACCCAGAGAGGGACACAAAAGAAGCCAUUGCAAAUUAUGUGAAAGAAUUUUCUCCCAAACUGGUUGGCUUGACUGGCACAAAAGAGGAGAUUGAUCAAGUGGCCAGAUCAUACAGAGUAUAUUACAGCCCUGGCCCCAAGGAUGAAGAUGAGGACUACAUAGUGGAUCAUACAAUAAUAAUGUACUUAAUUGGACCAGAUGGUCAGUUUCUAGAUUACUUUGGCCAGAACAAGAAGAAUGCAGAAAUAGCUGGUUCAAUUGCUGCACACAUGAGGGAACAAAGGAAAAAGAGCUAGUCAAGGCAGCCUGGCUAAAGAGGAAAGAAGUUUUGUCUCCCAUAGGAGCCGGUAUAUAAUAGGGCUUGUUAUCCUUGGGUUCAGCCAAGGUGCAUUCUUGAAACUAAAGAUUCUAACCAAACAGCCGCCUUGAGACCAGAGGACCAAGAUAAUGUGAAGCCAGAGGAAUGGACCUCAGCGCAGGACCAGCCGGGACAGGCACGGCCAGGCCACUUCUCUACGUGAAUGGGGCCCUUUAAUCAGCAUCACUCCUUCUCCUGUGUCUUGGCCCUUGUCAUGCCGCUUGUGGGACUGUAAUUUCCAUAGUGCCCUUGCUUUCGUCUUCAAGCUUCAGGUGGCUGAUGCCAAGUCAGGCUCUCUGACUUCCAUAGUUAACCUUUACACUUGAAAGCAUACAUGUAGUCUCCACGUGAGUGAAGGCCACGGUCGGGCUGGCUUGUGUUCCCCUGUCUGCAGGUGCUGGUAUUACUGAUGACAAGGAAAUUUAUCAUUUGGGGAGACUAUUAGAUCAGUUUUUCUAGGGACCGUUCGUGUGAUUUUUAUCUAAAUGAUGUGCCAGGUUUGCAGCAACAUACCAAAUGGAUGUAAGAGGAUGUUGAUCAUGAUUGUUUUUCUGCCUAUAUUGGAUUGCACUGUGUAUGGAAUAAAAGUGUCUUCAGUUUUGCGACUUGGACAA